AUGCCGUCCCGCGCACACACUAUCUGGAACAUCCAGGCGACCCUGACUCUGCCCAUCUUGUGGAGCUUCACGGCCCUGCUUCUGGCCAUGAUCAUACCCCCGCCCUCCCUCAAUACUCAAUUACAACCGGUCUACCACCACUCACCGCGCGCCCAUAUCGAUGCGACGGGUGCGGGCCGCACAGCGCUCAUACUCACUGCUCAUCCCGACGAUGAAGCCAUGUUCUUCUCGCCCACCAUCAUGGGGCUGAAGAACCAUGGGUGGGAAGUGAGGGGGUUGUGUCUGUCCACGGGGAACGCGGAGGGCCUGGGCGCGGAGAGGGUAGAGGAGCUGAAGCGGAGCUAUGGGGUUUUUGGAUUGCAAGAGAGCCAUGUCAAGUGGCUGAACGACUCGUCAUUCCCUGAUAAUAUGGGAGCGGUCUGGAGGAGCGAGGACGUCCAGCGUGCAGUCAGCGAAUACCUCUCUGACCAGCCUGCUGACGUAAUCGUCACCUUCGACAAGCACGGCAUCUCUGCGCAUCCCAACCACGCCUCGCUUUCGUCUUUCCGCCCCGCCCCCUCCUCCACACACCCCACAAUGCUCUACCACCUCAACACCCCGUCCAUCCUCAAAAAGUACUCUGGUCCACUCAACCCGGUCUUCCGUCGGGGCUACUAUCAGCUCGCCAAGGGCAUGUCGGAAUGGGCAGACUUGUUCGACGUUAAGCUUCCAGUCAAGGCGGACUUUUCCGUCACCUCGAGCGGGACCGACUGGAUAAGGAGCGUCCGGGCGAUGAGGGAGCACAAGUCGCAAAUGACUUGGUAUCGGUAUGGGUGGCUGGCGUCAAGUGGGUUGAUGUGGGCAAAUGACCUGACAUUGGUGGUGUAA